AUGGCAGCCAACAAUGGAGUCGCUAAGGAGGGAGGAUUGAUCGUCAGCUUCGGCGAGAUGCUGAUCGACUUUGUACCGACAGUUUCCGGCGUAUCGCUGGCGGAGGCGCCGGGAUUUUUGAAGGCACCAGGUGGUGCUCCGGCAAACGUCGCGAUCGCGGUGUCACGGCUCGGCGGAAAGUCGGCUUUCGUCGGUAAGUUAGGAGACGAUGAGUUCGGACACAUGCUCGCCGGGAUCUUGAAGGAGAACGGCGUCUCCGGCGAAGGAAUCAACUUCGAUAAAGGAGCACGUACUGCUCUCGCAUUUAAGAGUGUGCAUCUACACGUGGUUUUGUACAAUUGCGCGAAGGUUUUCCACUACGGGUCAAUUAGUUUGAUAGUGGAGCCAUGCAGAUCAGCGCAUCUGAAAGCAAUGGAGGUGGCGAAAGAUGCAGGGGCACUUUUGUCAUAUGACCCAAAUCUCCGGCUGCCACUGUGGCCAUCGCCGGAGGAGGCGCGUGAGCAAAUCAUGAGCAUUUGGGAUAAGGCGGAAGUCAUUAAACUUUUAUUGGUCACUCUUGGUGACAAAGGUUGCAAUUACUACACCAAGCAUUUUCAUGGAACAAUCGGUGCGUUCGCUGUUAAAGCCGUUGACACAACGGGUGCGGGUGACUCCUUUGUUGGUGCACUUUUGACUAAGCUUGUUGAUGAUCAUUCCGUGCUAGAGGAUGAAGGAAAGUUGAGAGAGUUAUUGAGAUUUUCGUGUGCUUGCGGAGCUAUCACCACCACCAAAAAGGGGGCGAUUCCGGCCCUUCCUUCUGUAUCGGAAGUUCAUACCUUUUUGGAUGCUUCUCACAAUUAGGGAAAACUUUGUUUGUCUAUUGUUUUUGGUCUUCUUUCUUGAUCGAAUAAUAAUGGUUUUGUGUUAUCAUCCAUCGGUGUUUAAAGAAAACAAAAGAUGAAAUCGAGUGGCAAAACUAGGGAUUUUGUGAUUGAAUUGACGAGAUUUAUAUGUUUAGAUUGCUUCUUGUUUUGUUUUGUUUUGUGUUCUAGAAAAAG